AUGACUACAGAGUCAGGAUCGGACUCCGAGUCCAAGGAUAAAGAGCAGGAUCAGCAGGAGAGCCCUGCACAGCAAGGGGUGGCAGAGACCCAGCCUCAGGACCAGCAGCAGCUGAGCGAGGACCAUCAAAACGUGCUCGAGCAGUUCUCGGCUGUGGCAGCCCACAGCACGCCGGUGAAAAAGGAGCAGGCCACAGACAAAGAACAGGAGUUUGCUGCUGCGAGUGCAAAACAGCUGGAAUACCAGCAACUAGAGGACGACAAGCUCUCCCAAAAAUCAUCAUCUAGCAAACUUUCCAAAUCUCCUCUAAAGAUUGUCAAGAAACCGAAAAAUAUGCAGUGCAAAGUGACACUCCUGGAUGGAUCAGAAUAUGCAUGUGAAGUAGAGAAACGUUCCAGAGGUCAAGUGCUAUUUGACAAAGUGUGUGAGCAUCUGAACCUUUUGGAAAAAGACUAUUUUGGGCUAACAUACAGAGAUACAGAAAACCAGAAGAAUUGGUUGGACCCUGCCAAGGAAAUCAAGAAGCAGAUCCGAAGUGGCGCUUGGCAGUUUGCAUUUAAUGUGAAAUUCUACCCUCCAGACCCCGCCCAGCUUUCUGAAGAUAUUACCAGGUACUACCUCUGCUUGCAGCUGAGAGAUGACAUCGUGUCGGGUCGACUGCCCUGCUCGUUCGUCACGCUGGCCCUGCUGGGCUCCUACACUGUGCAGUCAGAGCUUGGCGACUACGACCCCGAUGAGUAUGGCAGUGAUUACGUCAGUGAAUUUCGCUUCGCGCCAAAUCACACUAAAGAGCUGGAGGAUAAAGUGAUUGAGCUGCACAAGAGCCACAGGGGAAUGACACCUGCGGAGGCUGAGAUGCAUUUCCUGGAGAAUGCCAAAAAACUAUCAAUGUAUGGAGUAGAUCUCCAUCAUGCCAAGGAUUCUGAAGGAGUGGAAAUCAUGCUAGGAGUUUGUGCAAGUGGUCUCUUAAUAUAUCGAGACAGACUCAGAAUAAAUAGAUUUGCCUGGCCAAAGGUUCUGAAAAUUUCCUACAAGAGGAACAACUUCUACAUCAAAAUCCGACCAGGGGAGUUUGAGCAGUUUGAAAGCACUAUUGGGUUUAAAUUGCCAAAUCAUCGUGCUGCAAAGCGGUUAUGGAAAGUGUGUGUUGAGCACCAUACAUUUUUCAGGCUCCUGCUGCCAGAAGCACCUCCAAAGAAAUUCCUCACGCUGGGCUCCAAGUUUCGCUACAGCGGCCGGACACAGGCCCAGACAAGAAGAGCCAGUGCCCUCAUAGACCGUCCUGCACCUUACUUUGAGCGGUCUUCUAGUAAACGUUACACUAUGUCUCGCAGCUUAGAUGGGGCAUCAGUGAAUGAAAACCAUGAAAUGUACAUGAAGGAUUCUGUGUCUGCUGCAGAGGUUGGUACUGGCCAGUACGCCACAACAAAGGGCAUCUCUCAGACCAACUUGAUAACCACUGUGACUCCAGAGAAGAAGGCAGAAGAAGAGAAAGAUGAUGAAGAGGGCAAAAAGAAAAGAGCAGAGGAAGUCACCCCGGUCUCGGCAAUACGCCAUGACACCAAGACUGAUAGUGAAGAGAAGUAA